UUCCCACAACGCACCGCGUCUCCACGAACAUGGCGGCGCUCAUGUCUGCACCCACGUGCGCUUGAUUCUGCCGGGUGGGAAUUCUCGAUUUCGCGCUACUCGUGGCCGCGUUGACUCCGCGCGGUGUCGCGCAGUAACGAGACAGCCGGUGUCCUGCCUCCUCUCACGCGGGGGGGUUGAACUCGCCGUCGAUAGAAAAGGCCACAAAGCAGAGCAGCAUGGAAAAGGAGGAUAAUAAGAAGCUGCACCGCAAGCGGCAGAGCGGCCCUAAGUUUGACAAGAAGAGGAAGCGCAAGUUUCAGCAGCUCGGUCUCGACGAUGAUGGCCAGCAGCAUGGAGCAGACGAGGGGGAGUGGACCCGUGGAGCCCAGAGGAAGAAGGCGGAACGAGCGAAGUCUGCGCCGGAGAAUGUGGAGGACGCACGGCGACGUAACCCCAAGGCGUUCGCCUUUCAGUCGGCCGUGCGCAUGGCCAAGCAGUUCCACAGGACUCAGGACCUGAAGGCACGCAAACACCACAUUCCCCUGGUAGAUCGCACGCCCCUCGAGCCUCCGCCUAUACUUGUGGCCGUUGUAGGGCCCCCGAAAGUGGGCAAGAGCACGCUGGUGAGCUGCCUCGUGCGCAACUUCACGCGGCAGAAGCUCAGCGAGCCCAAGGGACCCAUCACCAUUGUGUCUGGCAAGAAACGGCGGUUGACAAUCAUGGAAUGUGGCAAUGACAUCAAUUCCAUGAUCGACAUUGCGAAAGUGGCUGACCUGGUUCUGCUUCUAAUCGACGCGAGCUUUGGCUUCGAGAUGGAGACGUUUGAGUUCCUCAACAUCUGCCAGGUGCACGGCUUCCCGCGCCUCAUGGGCGUGCUCACGCACCUGGACGCCUUCCGCAACUCCAAGCAGUUGCAGAAGACCAAGAAGAAGCUGAAGCACCGCUUCUGGACCGAGAUCUACCAGGGGGCCAAGCUGUUUUACCUGUCGGGCAUGGUAAACGGAGAGUACCAGAAGCAGGAGAUUCACAACCUCGGCCGCUUCAUCUCUGUCAUGAAGUUUCGGCCCCUCACCUGGCAGACGACGCACCCCUACAUGCUCGCCGACAGAAUUGAGGACCUGACGAACCCGGAGGAGGUCCGGUUGAACCCCAAGUGCGACCGCCUGGUGUCGCUCUACGGGUACCUGCACGGGACUCACCUCAAGAGCCGCUCGCAGGUGCACAUCCCAGGCGCAGGCGACUUCUUCCUGCGCGAUGUGAGCUUCCUCCCGGACCCGUGUCCCCUUCCCGAGCGCCGCACCAAGCGCACGCUUGACCACCGCGACCGCCUCAUCUACGCGCCCUUCUCCGGGGUCGGAGGCAUCGUCUACGACAAAGACGCCGUCUACAUCGACCUCGGCGGCAGCCACUCGCACAAGCACGGGCAGGAGGAGCUGGAGGAGACGCAGGGGCCUACCCAGGAGCUCGUGCAGACGCUCAUUGCGAACCAGUCCACGCUGGACGUCAAGAUGGCAGCCAGCCGCAUGGCGCUCUUCAGCCGCUCGGAGCCGAUGCAGUCGCUUGACGUGGAGGAGGAGCCGGACGCAGAGGAGCCACCGUCGGAUUCCCCCAUGGAAGAGCGCGUGACGGAUCCCCCCGUGGAAGAGCGCGUGACGGAUCCUAGCACGGGUCGGGUGAGACGCCGGGCUGUGUUCAGUUCUCAAAGUGGUGACGCUGGCGCUCAAGAUGAUGGUGAUGAUGAUGAUGACAGCGAAGAACAUGACAGUGAAGGAGAAGAGGAUGAAAAGGAGGACUCGGGAGAUGAUGAUGACGAUGAUGGAGACGAUGAUGGUGACGAUGAUGAAGAUGAGAAAGAGGAAUAUUUGAAAAGUCCAAAGAAAAAGCCCCUUGGCCGUGUAGGGCCCAUGUUGAGUCCGGAGAAAAGGCCGAGGAAAAGUUCCGUCUUGACAAAGGAGGAGAUGGCGGCUUCCACAGACGACGACGUUGAAGAGGAGCCAAGGGUGGUGAGCAUCAAGAAGAACGAGGAGCAAGGGCAGCCUUCCCUCGAUAGAGAUGGUGACGACGACGAUGACGAUGAUGAUGAUGAGGCUGUCAAUGAAGAUGGUAGCAGUGAUGAUGAUAUCGAUAACGAAGAUGAGAGCGACGAGGAAAGUGAUGAGGAUAAGUCAGGAGGUGAAGCCUCCGAUUUUGAAUGCCAAGAAAAAUCGAAUGGAGAUGUUUCUGAAGGGUUGGGAGACUCCAUUGAAGACCGAGAUGGUAAUGAAAGCAGCGGUGAUGAAGGCGAUGACGACGAAGAUGAUGACGAUGAUGAUGAAGCAACAAAGAUUAUUGCCAAGAGUAAGCGGGAAAAGAACUCAAAAAGAGCUCCCAUGGACUCGGGCAACGCUUCACGCGACCAUAGCAGUAGCGGUGGCGAUGAUGAGGGUGAUGAAGAAGAUGAUGAUGAUGGCAGUGAUGAGGACAGUGAUGACAAUGCCGUCGAGAAGAUGUUGAAAAGCGAGGAUAUGUUUGUGGAAACUGAGGACGCGGACAGGGAAACGGAAGGCGCUGUCAUGUGGAAGCAGGACCUGGUGAAGAAGGCUGCUGAGGCAUUUGUGCGGCGGCGCAGGGCAACAGGGAAUCUGCAGAAACUCGUCUACGGGAACGAAGUAGAGGCGGAGGAGGGAGAGGAGGACGGUGACGGGGAGUCCGGCGGGGGGGAGCUGGGAGGGCUGUUCCGCGUGAGCGUGGCGGAUCGCACCGAGCGCACGGCACGAGGGCGGCUCGACGACAUCGACUCGACGCGGUACCCGCCGGAGAACCUGCAGGACUGGGAUCUCGACGAGAUGGUGGAGAGCAUCAAGGACUGCUUCGUCACGGGAAAGUGGGAGGCUCACAAGGACGCGAAAACGCUUCUGGACCAAGACGAUGCCCUUUAUGGUGACUUUGAGGACCUUGAAGCUGGAACGAUUAUUCAUGGGAAGAAAGAUUCAGCCGGCGCUGAGGGAGCCGAGGCUGGCAGCUCGGACGACGGAGAUGACGGCGCCAACGAUGAUGACGGCGAGGGCAAGGAGAAGGGGCAGCAGGAAGGGGGAGGGGAGGAGAGUGACCUGCGGGGGAAGCGUUUGGAGCAGAAGCGCAAGCUGAAGGAGAUGUUUGACUCGCAGUACGACGAGGGCGGAGAGACGUACUUCGACGACCUGAAGGCGGAAAUGGACAAGCAGGCACAGCUGAACAGGGCGGAAUUUGAGGACGUGAGCGAGGAGGCACGUGUGCUCUACGAGGGAUUCCGCCCCGGCAUGUACCUCCGCGUUGAGGUUUCCAGCAUGCCCUGUGAGUUCAUCGCAAACCUGGACUCCAGAUAUCCCAUCGUCCUUGGCGGCCUUGGCGCCGGUGAAGGAAAUGUCGGCUUCGUGCAGAUGAGGGUGAAGAAGCACCGCUGGCACAAGCGCAUCCUGAAGACGCGCGACCCGCUCGUGUUCUCGCUUGGCUGGCGGCGAUUCCAGACGGUGCCCAUGUACUACAUCGAGGACCACAAUGGCCGGCACCGCCUGCUCAAGUACACGCCGCAGCACAUGCACUGCCACGCGGCCAUCUGGGGACCUAUCACGACGCAGGGAUCCGGAUUCCUGGCUGUGCAGUCGGUGGCUGGUUCCUCUCCGGACUUCCGGAUUGCGGCGACGGGCUCCGUGCUUGACCUGGACAAGUCUGUGAAGAUCGUGAAGAAGUUGAAGCUCACGGGAUGCCCCUUCAAGAUCUACAAGAAUACAACUUUCAUUAAGGACAUGUUCAGCUCGGCACUGGAGGUGGCGCGCUUUGAGGGAGCGUCGCUGCGCACCGUGAGCGGAGUCCGCGGGCAGAUCAAGAAGGCCAUCAAGUCGCCCGAGGGAGCCUUCCGCGCCACGUUUGAGGACCGCCUGCUCAUGAGCGACAUCGUGUUUGUGCGCACGUGGUGCCCUGUGGAGGUGCCCAAGCUCUACAACCCCGUGACGACGCUGCUGAAGCCCACGGAGGAGCGCGCCUCCUGGACGGGCAUGCGCACCCUGGGGCAGCUGCGCAAGGACCUGGGUGUGCCGCUGGUGCACAACCAGGACUCAAUCUACAAGCCCAUUGAGAGGAAGCCGCGGGUGUUCAACCCGCUGGUAAUCCCUCGCGAGCUGCAGAAAGCGCUGCCCUUCAAGUCCAAGCCCAAGUUGACGGAAGCCGCGAGCCGUGUCCCACGCGACCGCGUGCGUCCUGCUGUCGUCCGGGAGCCUAUGGAGCGCAAGAUCGCCGAGCUCCUGCAGUCGCUGGGCACCAUCAAGAACCAGAAGGUGCGCAAGCAGAAGGAGCAGGCGCUGCAGAAGCACGGCGAGUACCAGCGACGCCGUCAGAAGGAGGACGAGGCGAAGAUGCAGAGGAUCAAGGAGGUGAAGAAGCGCGUCUUCCGCACCAUCGGGCAGAAGGAGCGCAAGCAGCAGAAGUCGAGUCUCUCGGGCCCGCGCCGCUAGUGGUGACCACGAGCUCUGAGGCACCACGAGACGGUGGGACAGCUUGUAACUGUGCUGGCGACAUGGGGGGGUGGGAGAGGCACGAUGGGGAAAGGUUCCCCAUGUCACCCUCCAAGUACACGCGUCCCUGUUUGGAGGUGGCGGUGUGCAGGACUGGAGAUGGCUGUAUUCCUUGCUCUUGUUUCAACUCGUCUGGCUCUACCAAACUAGUUAGAGGUUGAAUGAGCAUAAAUUCAAUGGUUUUGUUUGCUCCCGAUGUGCAUUCAUUUUCCAGUGUAAGAACCUAUUAUAUGUUUUAUGCAAGGAAUUUUCAUGCACGCCCCUCCCAACAUCUACAUUCGCUACAUGUAACAAAAUAAUUGCUUUUUGAAUCAGAUUGCUAUUCUGAACUAAGUCGAUUGAUAUUUGCAAGUGGGGAAGACUUUCUCAACCCCGAAAACAAAUGGAACCCAGCUCACCGCACUCACCAUUGCCAGACCGUGGGAUGGUUACGUUUUUGUAAAAUGUUUGCAUUUUUGGGAAAUGUGUGAUCUUUUACAUUUGUGUUAAAAGGUCUGUGGUUAGAGUUACGUUAAUAUUGCGCAAGGCUUGAGUUUGUAGAAUGCAUUCGAUUCUACUCUGCCCAUCCGUUUUUAUAAAUAAGCGCUCGAUGUUGCAUACAUGUGCUUUGGCGAGUUCAAUAAAAUAUUCUGUCUA